UCACAACCUCUAUAUAUAAACAAACACCAACCUCCUCCACCUAAGAGAAAAAAAAAAAGAAGCAAAACGCAAACAAGCAGAAGCAAAAAUGGAGGAGCUGCCGCCUGGCUUCCGCUUCUACCCAACGGAGGAAGAACUGGUCUCCUUCUACCUCCACAACCAGCUCCAAGGAACCAGACACGACCUCCACCAAGUCAUCCCCGUCGUCCACAUUUACGAGCUCGACCCCUGGCACCUUCCAAGCGCGGCAGGGGAGAUGUGCCGAGGGGACACGGAGCAGUGGUUCUUCUUCGCGCCGAGGCAGGAGCGAGAGGCACGUGGAGGGAGGCCGAACCGGACCACCAGGUCGGGUUACUGGAAGGCGACCGGGUCCCCGAGCUACGUGUACACCGCCGGCGGUAGAGUGAUCGGGGUGAAGAAGACGAUGGUCUUCUACAAGGGGAAAGCUCCCGCCGGAAGGAAGACCAAGUGGAAGAUGAACGAGUACAGAGCCAUAAUACAAGGAGCAAGGCACGGCAACUCCUCGUCGUCUCCCGUUCCUCAGUUGAGGAACGAGUACAGCCUGUGCCGGAUCUACGUGGUGUCGGGAACCUUUGGAGCGUUUGAUCGGCGGCCGCUGGAAGACGUGAUGAUGACGGGAGAAUUACAACAACGACCAAAACAACAGCUUGACGUCGUGCCUUCUUCUUCUUCGUCACAUGCUCAAGCAAGCUCAUCGUCUGGAGUUGCAGACAUGGAGAUGGAUGUUGAUGCUGAUGAUGAUCAUCUAGAUCGGCCGUUCUUUGACUGGCCGGAAGAAUACUACUGGCCGUGAUCGGUGAUCAUAAUUACGGGUGGUUCCGGCCGGCGAGCAUGCAGCUUCUGCAUGUUCAAUUUUUUUUUUUUUUUUGUGGUGUUAUAUGCGUAUAGGUAUUCAUCUUGACAUGGUAGUAUACGGAGUCAACAUGAUCAUACAAUGGAAUAGAUAGAUAGAUAGUGUCUCGAUGUACCCUUUUCGAUGGUUAUAUGUGUCUGAAAAGAUUUUUUAAUUCGUAUCUACAUGUUUCGAACGACAACUAAUGGACUUGAACCUUUUU